AUGACCGUACCCCGUAUCCGUCCUUAUGUCGUCUCAUCUCCUCUUUCUCCCAUUGCGGCAUGGAAGGUGUUUGGCGAUGGCCAGGCCAUGGGGGAUGGGUCAUUGCGAGUCCUGCCAUGCGCUCCUCCUAACUCUCACGCCUCAGAACUCGUCUCACCUCUCAGCUUUCCCUGCUCUUCUCUUUCUCCCAUUGCUGCAUGGCAGGUGCCUCGUGAUGGCCAUGCCAUGGAGGAUGGGUGCCUCGUGAUGGCCAUGCCAUGUAGAAUGGGUCACUGCGAGUCCUCCUCGCCAUGCGCUCUUCCUCCCUCCCCCACUGUGCUCUUGGCUCCUCUCAAUACUACCUGCUGCCGUCCAUGCCCCUCCAACACCUCAUCUUGCAGGGCUCUGGUGAUGGCCAUGGGGGAUGGGUCAUUGCGAGUCCGCGCCAUGCGCUCCUCGCUCUCGCAGCUCCUUGCAAGCACCUCAGGAUCGUCUCACCUCCCAGCUCCUCCUUCUCUUCUCCGCCCUGGUGAAGGCAAUGGAGGAUGGGUCACUGCGAGUGCUCGCCAUGCGCUCCUCGCUCUCCCACCACCCAGCGCUGCCGUUCCCCCUCAACCAGCAGCAGCAGCAGCAGCAGCAGCAGCAGCAGUAGCAGGGCAGGCAGGAGCACAAGGAGGAGAAGAAUCGGUACAACCGGCGACUUGUGAGGCGCCUUACAACCGGCGGUGGGUCGUGUCGACGCUCUCCCUCAGCACAGCUGCAGUGUGGGGCGCCGCUGCCUCUGGCGCCACAGGAUGCGCUGCAUUCGGCGGGGCAGACGGAUCAGUGCGAUGCGUUCAGCUCAGCAACAACUUCCUCAUCAACCGCCACAGCCGCAGCAAGCAAGCCGUGAUUACAGUGGGGGGGUUCAACCAGAUCCUGUCACCGCCCACACAAUCUAGUGCGGAAGCUGCCACUGCUGACACGUCAGCAGAUGAGUCUUCCGAGCAUCGGUUUGUCUUUUUCCGAGGCGAUCGAGGUGAAGAGACAGAUGGGGAGGCAGGACAGAAAGGGAAAGGGAAACUGAAGAAGGGACAGAGGGAUGGAGGGGAGGAGGUGGAGGUGGAGGAAGAGGGUGAGUCUGCCCACAGGGCAGAUUGUGGUGGGGGAGUGGUGUGUGGCAAUGCAUUGGGGUGCAAAGCGGUUGCAAUGCACAGAGUGGCGUGGAAUGCUAAUCGAGGGUUUCAGCAGUGGCUGGCAAGUGGGGGUGCUAAUGGGGUGCUCCGGUGUCAGCUGUUUCGCCUGCCGUCGGAUUCUUAA